AACUCGCCUAUCCCUUGGAUGACUACACCCGGAGAGGAGGAGCGUGCGCAGCGUAGUAGGCGUCAAGAUCCUCAAUUUCCAACUUAGCAUCUUGGCAGGACAUUUUCCCAAGCAAAGCCCCCGUCCGACGGGACGAAAAAAUAUAUAAAUAAAACUUGUGCACAGGCAUGAGCGCGACGGUGCAGCUCGGAUAAGGGAGCAGCACAGAGACACAACCUCCGCCGGAGCGUGGCUGCAGCUGCAGCGACCGCACUGAUCCACCCGCUCCUCGAGCCUUUAAACAAAAAACUAAACUCUGCACUUCUUUGUUUUUUUUGUUUUGUUUUUUACAUUUUAUUCCCUCGAAAGGACAGACAGAGGGGUCUGCGGGCGCACAGCGCGCUCCGACAGCAGCGCAUGAGAAACUAAAGACAAACCACAAACCAAAAAAAAAAAAAAAAACGAGAGGAGAGGGGGUGAAAGAGCGCAAGUUAAGUGGCUCACUCUCUCCGGGGCUCCAGCAUGGCGUAUCCUCAGGGCUACUUGUACCAGCCGUCCGCCUCCUUGGCUCUGUACUCGUGCCCCGCGUACAGCACGAGCGUCAUUUCGGGACCCAGGACGGAGGAACUUGGGAGAUCCUCCUCGGGAUCUGCUUUUGCGCCCUACGCCGGAUCUACUGCGUUCACGAGCGCCUCUCCGGGCUACAACGCGCACCUCCCGUACAGCGCAGACGCGGCGGCAGCUGCCACCUUCACCUCAUACGUGAGUUCUCCCUAUGAUCACACCACGGGAAUGGCCGGGUCUAUAGGAUACCACCCUUACGCAGCGCCCUUGGGCACCUACCCUUAUGGUGACCCCGCGUACCGCAAAAACGCAACGCGGGACGCGACCGCCACCCUGAAGGCCUGGCUCAACGAGCACCGCAAGAACCCCUACCCCACCAAGGGCGAGAAGAUCAUGCUGGCCAUCAUCACCAAGAUGACCCUCACGCAGGUGUCCACCUGGUUCGCCAACGCCCGGAGGAGACUAAAGAAGGAGAACAAGAUGACCUGGAUCCCCCGGAACCGGAGCGAGGACGAGGAGGAGGACGAGAAUAUUGACUUGGAGAAAAAUGACGACGACGAGCCCAACAAGCCUUUAGAUAAAGGAGACUCCACAGACACAGAAGCAGAUCACAAACUACUGAACCCAGGGGACAUGGGCUGCGACAGAUUUAAAGAAGAGAGCCGUGGCAAAGAAGUGGACCCCCUCCUGAGCGACUCGGAGUUAAAAGACCAGGAGGAGCGGACUACGGAGCUGCUUCCGGACUCCGCCAAACCGACCACCUCGUCCCCCCCGGCGGCCCCCCGGGGGAGCCAGGCCGCCGCGCAGCAAGACAAGCCGUCAGAUUUAAGCCACGCACAGAACGCAGUGACCAGCAACGUGACCUCUGUGAUCCACUCGCCCCCCUCGGCCCCCAAACCCAAACUCUGGUCCCUCGCGGAGAUCGCCACGUCCUCAGACAGGUGUAAAAGCAGCGGCGGCGCAGGCGACGCGCAGGCGUGUCCGGGUUUGGGUCAUCAGAGCGCGGUGCUGGGCAGCACCGCGUCCCCGUCCCGGUCCUCGCCGCAGUGCCCCCUCCCCAACAGCACGGUUCUGUCCAGGCCUCUGUACUACACGUCCCCUUUCUACCCUGGCUACACGAACUACGGUGGCACUUUUGGACACCUCCACAGCGGCUCGGGCUCCGCGGCGCAUUUCAAUGGAAUAAACCAGACUGUGUUAAAUAGAGCAGAGGCUCUGGUGAGAGAGAGCCAGAAAGUCAGAAGCCAAACGCAGGUAGAUCUUUGUAAAGACUCCCCUUUUGAACUAAAGAAAGGUAUGUCAAAUAUUUAAUACCUGAAUAUUUGCCACUCACCGCGGACUUUAAUUUAUUUUUUUUU